GUCCAAGGCGCCUUGACAUAUGACGCAUACAUGCAAGUGACGUUGAUGGGGGGGUUAUUCGUGUCUGAGCUGCAACUUUCUCAGCAGUGAGGUGGACGACGUGAGUUUGUAACCAAUACAAAGGGCUUUUUUGUUGUUCAUCAUUAACACUGAGAUAUCCGUUUGGUUACCGCACUGUCUUAUUUUAGCUUCUAUGUAUGGCAUUAUUUUGGCUUUAUGUAUUGUCUUAUUUUCGCUUUUAUGCAUUGUCUUAUUUUGACUUUAUGUAUUGUCUUAUUUUGACUUUAUGUAUUGUCUUAUUUUGACUUUAUGUAUUGUCUUAUUUUGGCUUUAUGCAUUGUCUUAUUAUUACUUUAUGUAUUGUCUUAUUUUGACUUUAUGUAUUAUCUUAUUUUGGCUUUAUGUAUUGUCUUAUUUUGGCUUUAUGUAUUGUCUUAUUUUGGCUUUAUGCAUUAUCUUAUUUUGGCUUUAUGUAGUGUCUUAUUUUGGCUUUAUGUAGUGUCUUAUUUUUUAUUUUAUUUUUUUGGUCUUAUUUUACUUUUAAGUAAAUUUAAAGAAGUUCUUCUCUUUUUUAAAAUAAAAAUUAAAUAUUGUGGUUUGAUACUUCAAAAAAAUUUCAAUAAUUAUUUCAUUUUUAUCUAUAACUUUUUUUUUUGGGAUAAUAUUUACAUAAUUCUGUAGAGAAAUAAAUGAUAGAUAUUAUAGGGAAAAAGUGUUAUUUCAAUUCUCUUGAAUAUUUUAAACUAAUAAAUUAAGGUAUAUAAAGAUAUAAUAACGAUGUUUAUUUCAUUCAGACUGACUGGGAUUUAUUAAAAAUAGACCAUUUCUUCAAAGAGAGUUAAAGAUAUUUGUCUGAACUUUCGGAGGCUGAGACCAUGACACAGAUGUUUUACAGUUCGAUCUUCUUGGCCUUCAACCUCAUUCUUAUUAUCUGUAAGUUUAUUAUUGAAACACUAGAAAACAUCCCCCCCCCCGAUGUUAUUGUGAUAACAAUGGCAGGCACUUUGCGAUAAUUUCCACCUGCUAUUGCUAAAACUCAUCACAAUUCCGUAUUUUAAAAAAGAAGUCUCUAUGCAACGAUGUUCACAUUUCUAACAUUAUUUUUAAUGAUGUUUUAAGAAGUAUUUUUCCACUAUAUUAUGAAAAGCCUGCCCUACCCCUUUUUCGUACCCCUAAACUGCACUUUUUUCCUGCAAACAUUACAUUGCGUUACCCAAAUCUAAAUUUACAAUAAUACAAUCAUUGCCAAUAGAUGAGUUGAUUGACGGCUGAUUUCUACGCUAGAGAAAUACUGUAGAUGUAAAAGUGUGUUUCCAUUGUUAAAAGAUGGGCCUACCAUAAUACGUUUCAUAAUCUUCAACUAAAUGUUUAAAAAAAAGUAUUGUGAAAAUUAAAAUGUCAUAUUUUAAUCACAAACUAGAUAUACCAUUUUAAAUAAAUUCCAUAUUCUGGUUCUGGUAAUGUUUCGUUGCUGCAUCUAUGUACUGGCAUCUUUGCAACGGUUGGGGGUAUGAUAUUGCUAUUCUAACAGCUCCUGGCUGAUGCAAAUAUUAACGGAAGUUGACCUACUCAUGUCUACAUUUUAAAAAAAUCAAACAAACUUUUGCCUUUGUCUACUAAAAAAUCGAAAAAAUAUAAUGCUUCUAUCUAAAGAAGAAUCUCUUAACCCCUUUUCACGUGUGUAAUAGCAUUAAGUGUCUUUUUUGAAGAAAUGUCAUCAAUCUCAUAAGAAUAAAGCCCACUUUAUUUUUCGCAAAGUAACUACAUAAUUGCAUUUUCAUUUUUUUAAAGAAAAUCUUAACCCAUCUCAAUUUUUCAAAAUUUAAAUUUCACGUGUGUAAUAUGAUUGGGUUUUGACAUUCAUGGGUACAGUUGUGUAAUAUGAUUGGGUUUUGACAUUCAUGGGUACAGUUGUGUAAUAUGAUUGGGUUUUGACAUUCAUGGGUACAGUUGCGUAAUAUGAUUGGGUUUUGAUAUUCAUGGGUAGACUUAUGUAGAUAUACCCACAAUUUGCAAACCCCAUUUAUUUUCUUAAUUGGAAUACAAAUAUUUAUAUGUGAUGAGAGCAUAUGACAUCUCUUUUUCACAAUUGUAAUAUUAUUGGAUUCAAAGAUUUUAUCAUCCACGCAAAAAAUGUACAAGCUAAUUAUAAUAAAGUGCCUGCCCAUUUUUAUCUCGAUAACAUUGGGUAAUAUUUUCUAGUAUGUACAUAAGGUUAUUAAUCUAUCAAAUUUAAUCAUUUAGUCUGAGGCGUAUCUUGUGUCCUGCCAUGGGAAAAAUAAAUAAAUUGAUCCCACCCCACGACUUUCAUACAAAUUAAUCAAAUCAUCCACGGGACUGUAGCCCCAUACGUAAGCACAUGUACAUUUUUGGAAUUAAUCAAAGUAUAAAUUCAUUAAAUGUUAAAAUUGCAAAGCUGAAGUUUUUGUAUUUAAUUAACAAUUUAAAAAUCACUCAAUUAUAUUUAUUAAUAUUACUUAUUACUUACAUUAUCAGUUUUUUCCCGUGCGGUUAUUACAUCAAAGAAACUUAGGGCUUUGGGUAAAAUGUGUAAUUCCCGUUGUUACGUCAUGUGCGCGUUUAUUUAGAACAAGUUAAUUUUAAUUUUAUUUCGCAAUAUUAACAACGCCCUCAAACGCACUAAAAAAGCACAUGUGUGGGAUUUCCCGAUAAAUGUGAUUACGCUUAUUUCUUCAAUCAUAAUUUUGGAGUAAACAUAUUUUUUUCCAUCAAUUUAAAAUUCUGUUAAAAUGGUUAAAAUAGUUCCUUCAUGGUUCUUAUGAAUUAUAUCCGAUUUUAUUUUAGUAAAUAUUUCAGUAAUAUCAUUUUAAAAUACAAAAACAUUUAAAAUAAACCGCUUCGUUUCUUUGGCGUUAUGGUCAUCCACACUCCUUUUUAGAUAUAAUGAAAUAGACGGGUAAUAGAAAGGUUCAAACCUCGUUCAAUUUGUUAUACUCAGUAUUAUAUGUAAUCUUUCUUAUAUUGGUCUUCUUGAAAUUGGUCUUUAUUAAAAAUUUUCUGCUGUACACAUAAUUUGUGUAAGAUCAGAAAAAAAAACUAGUUUAGUUUGAUUUAAAAUCAAUAUUUAAACUAAUUGCUGAUUUAUUUGACUGUUUUUUUUUCUAUAACAAAUUUCAUGGUUUUUGGAUCUUUAUAUUUCAUAUUAUUUAUAUCUAUAUGAAUUCCUGUUUGAAAGAAAUUAAGAAAGAUUUUUAAAAUAAAUUAAAUUAGAUAUUUCAGAAUUUUAUUUUGAUUUUGAAAAUAUGAUUUAAAAAAAAAUCUUUUUGAAAAUUAAAAAAAAAAAUUAAUUAAAAUCUUUCAGGAAAGAAAUAAACUAUUUUCAUUGACUUAAUUAUUCCCUGACCAGAUGGUCAACAGUUUCAACCGCAAGUGCACAUCGGGGGUGCCAGUGGGACGCUCGUGGCCAACGGCAGCACUUAUUCUGCAACAGCCCCAGCAAACACCAACAUCAACUCCUUGAACAUCACGUGCGGACUGGACGUGGACGCCACCGGCAUCAGUCAUGUCAACCUGACCGUUCCGUCAGGCACUGUUCGGUUUUUGAACUUUUCAAGUCUGGGCUCAUCCGGGACCUUUCUUCUCAGGAUUCUCGGGACGGGGGUCCUGACGUGCCACUGUUCCGUGAC